GUAUCCCACGCCUGCUGCUCCCUGCUGAGCGCGCGGCCCGCCUACGCCCAUCCUCAGGGCCUCCCACACUCGUUCGACCCGUCUUUCGCUCCUCGCCGGCCUCGAGCCAGCCUCCAUCGCCGGUUCUCACCCCUGGCAUCCGUCCUCAUCAGUCCGUCAUUCGACCCGACGUUCCCGCCGAACCCUCAAGACUCGCCGACACGAUGCUCGGACGUGCGACAGCUGCGGCGCUGGUCGUCCUCGCCGGCGUGGCUCAGGCCAUCGUCGUCUCGUCGCCGACGGCGACGAGCGUUUGGAGCCAAAGCGCCGACGGCGAUGCUCGCAUCGAGUGGUCCCUUCUCCCGGCGACGUCUCCUCCUCCAGCCACUCAGUACUUCGACAUUUACCUGCGCAACGGCGUCGGCGCCAUGUACACGCCGUCGCUGAACCUGCUUCUUGCGACGAAGGUCGACUCGCUUGCAUCGACCUACUUGGACGUCGCAGCGACCGACAAGUUCGUCCCGGGCCCAGGCUACCAGCUCUUCUUCAGCGACCCGGCCAACCCUGCGACUGUCUACUGCGACUCGGACGUGUUCGCAAUCGGGUCGUACGAGAUUAACGGGCCGUCGCCGACGUCCUCCUCCUCGUCGGACGUCGACAGCUCGACUCAAGCCGAAGCGUCGGCUUCCUCGACCGAGACGAGGGCAGCGGCGGCGCCGACGUCCACCGAGGAGACGACGGUCGAGCCCUCGUCGACCGAAACGUUGUCGUACGAGCCAGCGAGCACCGACUCGACCUCGACCUCGAGCGGCAUGAUCACCUCGGUCACGUCCUCGUCCUCUCCUUCUCCGGCGCCGGUCUCGUCCUCCUCGUCAAGCGCACCAGCAGGCGGUAUCACUGCCGCACCUGCGCCCGGCGGGCCGAACGAGCAAGGGUUCAACCUCGUCCCGAGCGGUGCGAGCGGCGUACGAGCAGGACUCUCGGCGGCGGCGGGCCUCUCUCUUCUCGCCGGCGCCGGCGCAGCGCUACUCCUCUGAGCGAGAGGAGGACCGAGGACGAGGGGGAGAACACACGACCGUAUACCCGUCGACGAGCCUUGUAUUCCAGUUUCCCCUCCCGCACUUCCCACUUGUAGCGAUCCCGCUUUCUGCAUCGACAGCAUGUCCCCCUCAGUC